CGCUCUCUCCUCCUUCCCAGGCUGCUGUCGCUCCUGCAUUCGCGCUUCUCCUCACUCUUCCCCGCGCAGAAAAACAUCAGAAAACGAGACAAACAGAAGAAGGGAAAGUGCCUGCUGACCACCAGGUGAACCACAACAAUGACCCGCUCCUGACUAAAACUGAAUGGAUUAGCCAAUCUAUUCCGGGCUUUAAUGAGAUUAGAGAGUCAGCGCCGACAUGGGUCGCGGCGGCGUGGUACCUUUCGUUGAUCUCCUCGGGGAGCAGUCUCCCUGUCAGCUGCCCUCCGAACGUGGAAACGCCGUUUCGCACCAGGAGGAUGCCGGCGGGAAAUAACACAGACGCUCGGACUCACGCUCCCCCGCGCCGCACUCGUGGAGCGCAGAUUCCUUGAAGUAGUCGCUGAAGUCGCAGAAGUAAAGCAGGACAGUAUGAAGUACCAGAAAUACAUAACGGUGAUGCAGAUGGCCAUGGGGGUGACAGCGUCCAACAAAGACUGCCUCCCCGUGAAGAGACAGCUGUGGGUGACUCCUCAAGAUGGAGAAAUGUCCCCGUCGGGUGCUGCCGGAUGUUCUGACGGGCCUGUGGGUGCUACAGGUGGCGCUGGUGCUCUGACAUUGCCCGCCACAUCAACCCUCUCACUUCCAGUGAGCCAGGCCAAACCAUCUCUGCGCCGCAUCAAAGGCCGCAUUCACCGCAGCAAGAGCCUGGACAGCAUCGACCUGCUCGACUCCAAUAGUGCAGCGAUGGAGGAAACAGUCAUAUGGGAACAGCACACAGUUACCCUUCAUAAGGCUGCUGGAUUUGGCUUUGGCAUUGCCAUCUCAGGCGGACGUGACAACCCUCAUUUCCAGAGUGGAGAGACGUCUAUUGUAAUAUCAGAUGUGUUGAAAGGAGGUCCUGCAGAAGGACUGCUUCAAGAAAAUGAUCGAGUUGUGAUGGUCAAUGCGGUCUCUAUGGACAACGUAGAGCAUUCGUAUGCAGUUAAACAGCUUCGCAACAGUGGGAAGGUUGCAAAGAUAACUAUUCGUAGGAAAAGAAAAAUGCAACUCCCAGUUUCGCGAUCAGGCGACCGAGAGACGAUGUCUGAACGUGAAGAAGACACAGAUGAAGAAGAUGGUUACGACCAUGGCGGUCGUAGUGGUCAAAACGCUUACGGAGUUGCAAGCGGAAGCAUUAGUAGGCAUCAUGAUCGCGAGCGUAGCAGCAGCGCAAAGAGGGAUCACAGUGCCUCACGUGAGAUGAGCGUCUCACCACGCUCUGAUCGGAGAUCGCAGACCUCAUCUGCUCCACUAAAGCCUGCCAAGGUCACACUUGUAAAGUCCCGCAAAAAUGAAGAAUAUGGACUACGGUUGGCCAGCCACAUCUUUGUGAAAGACAUCUCUCCGGAGAGUCUAGCUGCCAGAGAUGGAAAUAUCCAGGAGGGGGACGUGGUACUUAAAAUCAAUGGCACUGUUACAGAGAACCUGUCUUUGACAGAUGCCAAGAAGCUGAUUGAGAGGUCAAAGGGCAAGCUAAAGAUGGUGGUGCAAAGAGAUGAACGUGCCACGCUACUCAACAUUCCUGACCUUGAUGACAGCAUCCCAUCAGCCAAUAACUCAGACAGAGAUGACAUUUCUGAGAUACAUUCACUGACAUCUGACCAUUCCAACCGAUCCCAUGGUAGAGGUCCAUCACGUUCCCCGGACAGGCACGAACUGUCCGAGCCCCUUCAUCAGUCACCCCGGCAGAUGAGCAAUGGCAGCCAUCGAAGCCGAGAUGAAGAUCGCAUUUCCAAACUAGGGGCCAUUCCCUCAUCUGCCAUCAACUUGGAUGACGGUGCGUCAUCUCAGGCAAGCGACCAGGGCAGCUCUAGAGACGACAAACAGUUACCUCCGCUGCCAGAACCAAAGCCAGUUUAUGCACAGCCUGGUCAGCCUGAUGUAGAUCUUCCCGUCAGUCCAACAGAUGCACCUGUACCCAGCGCUGCUCAUGAUGACAGCAUUCUCAGGCCGAGUAUGAAGCUGGUUACAUUUAAAAAAGGAGAGAGUGUUGGCCUGCGAUUAGCAGGAGGAAACGACGUGGGAAUAUUUGUGGCAGGGGUUUUGGAGGAUAGUCCAGCAGCCAAGGAGGGGCUGGAGGAGGGAGAUCAGAUUCUUAGGGUGAAUAAUGUGGAUUUUGCUAACAUCAUCCGUGAAGAGGCCGUGCUGUUUCUGUUGGACCUUCCACGAGGAGAGGAAAUUACCAUUCUAGCCCAGAAGAAAAAAGAUGUUUAUCGUAGAAUUGUGGAAUCUGACGUGGGGGACUCCUUUUACAUUCGCACACACUUUGAAUAUGAAAAAGAAUCGCCUUAUGGACUAAGCUUUAACAAGGGGGAGGUGUUCCGGGUGGUGGACACGUUAUAUAAUGGGAAGUUAGGCUCCUGGCUUGCAAUCCGUAUUGGAAAGAAUCAUCAGGAAGUGGAAAGAGGAAUCAUCCCCAACAAGAACAGGGCUGAACAGCUGUCCAGUGUGCAGUACACCCUCCCAAAAACACCAGGAGGGGACAGAGCAGAUUUCUGGAGAUUCAGAGGGUUGCGGAGUUCCAAGAGGAACUUGCGGAAAAGCAGGGAGGACCUGUCAGCCCAGCCAGUUCAGACCAAGUUCCCUGCCUAUGAAAGGGUUGUGCUGAGAGAAGCCGGGUUCCUGAGGCCUGUAGUCAUUUUUGGGCCAAUAGCAGAUGUGGCCAGAGAGAAACUGGCCAGGGAGGAGCCAACCAUUUUCGAACUUGCAAAAACACAGCAGCAGCAAGGAGGGGAAAGAAGCGAACCCAGGGACGCAGGAACUGACCAGAAGAGCUCUGGCAUCAUCCGUCUGCACACCAUCAAACAGAUUAUUGAUCAAGACAAGCAUGCUGUCUUGGAUAUCACCCCUAACGCAGUGGACCGACUAAAUUAUGCCCAGUGGUAUCCAAUUGUGGUUUUUCUCAACCCAGACUCCAAACAGGGUGUCAAGACCAUGAGGACAAGGCUAUGCCCAGAGUCCAGGAAGAGCGCAAGAAAGCUUUUUGAUAGAGCUCUUAAAUUAAGAAAGAACAACCACCACCUCUUCACCAGUACAUUAACCUUGAACAGCUUAAAUGAUGGUUGGUUUGGAGCAUUGAAACAAUCGAUCAAGGAUCAGCAGAGCCAGCUGGUGUGGGUUUCAGAGGGCAAGGCUGAUGGUGUAGGCGAUGAUGACCUGGACAUCCACGAUGACCGCCUGUCUUACUUGUCGGCGCCGGGUAGUGAAUAUUCCAUGUACAGCACCGACAGCCGCCACACCUCUGACUACGAGGACACAGACACAGAGGGCGGAGCCUACACCGACCAGGAGCUAGAUGAAACCCUCAAUGACGACGUGGGUCCGCCUACAGAGCCCGCCAUUACCCGCUCCUCCGAACCCGUCCGUGAGGAUCCACCGGUCAUCCAGGAGCCCCCCGGCUAUUCUGGCUACCAGCACUCAGUGCAAGGGGACCCCCUGAACCGCAUCGACCCAGCUGGGUUCAAGGCACCAGCGCCACAACAGAAAGCAGAGGCCGCCGCGUCCCCUAGCAUCCCCCUGCAGCCUGAACCCCUGUCUGAGGCAAUGCCCCCUGCUGUCGACGUUACUGUAAAUACUCUAGGGGCUUUGAGCCUUGAUGAGGUUCCUGCAGCUCCUUACAGCAAGCCAAGCCCAAGCCAAGAGGCUGGCUCACUUAGGAGGCCCAACCUUGAGCUAGCCUCACAGAGGCUCACCCCAGAACCUCUACAUCCUGGACUGGCCAGUUCCGAAGCAAAGCAGAUGUUUCAAAAAGAUCCCUACAACAUGGAAAACAUGGGCAGAAUCAAUAAGCCCACGACCUACAGUCCUCAGCAGCUAUAUAGAGAUUAUGACCACCCCCCCAGCCGAUAUGAUGUCAACAGUAGUGUAGGAGGUUUUCCAGAUUCAAAGUAUCGGAACUAUGAUAACCUGCCCUAUGAAAACAGUGUCUCUCACUACGACCAGCAGCCGUGGAGCUCCUACAACCAGCCGCAGCACUCCGCUACUAAUCCCCAGAGCUACGACCUCCGUACCCCUUACAGUGACAGCUCUGACCCCCAAUACACGCCACCUCUGCGAAUUGACGAGCCGCCACCCCAGACAGGGUUUGAUGGCCGACCUCGCUACGGUAAACCAGUGCCGCAGGGACCUAUCCGACAUGAUGAUCUCCCACCAUCUUUUCCUGGGUCCGACCUGCACUACAACCAGGAGUCUCCUCUGAACACGUACCCAUCGGCCAGCCGCUCCCCGGAGCCACCGACACCACGACUAGCCUACAACCAGGGACCAACGAUGCAGCAGAAAGGCUACAAACCUCAUCAGUACGAUCCUCCCCACGCCAACUCCGAAAGCAGCCUCACACCGCCUCCCAAAGCAGAAGCCCCCUCACCAUCCAGAGACCAGCUUCCAGAGGAUGACCCUGCCAUGAGGCCUCAAUCGGUCCUUACAAGGGUCAAGAUGUUUGAGAACAAACGUUCUGUGUCUGUGGAUCGUGCCAGAGAUACGGGAGACUCUUCCAACAAGCCAGCUGAUUCACCUCUGAAAGCGGGGGGAGUGAUCCCUAAAGCCAAUUCUCUGAGCAACCUGGACCAAGAUAAAGCUUAUAGAGCUCCAGAGGCACAGAGGCCACCGCCUAAGGCAGCUGGCGAGAUCGUGCGCCCCAACCAUUACGACCCUGAUGAGGAUGCAGACUAUUACAGGAAGCAGUUGUCUCUUUUAGACAAACUGCAUACUGGCCCCAACAAACCCCAACUACAAGCACAAACAUCCCAAAGCUUUCCCAGGACUGAGAUUUUAGAGAAACCACCUCCAGCUGAGAAAAAAUAUGAACCAAUUCCCCAGAUGACACCAUCUCUGCCGCCAGCCAAGCUACCUAAACCCCCUGUGGAAGCCAAGCCCCCCGCCCGAGAGGAUACUGUCCAGACCAAUUUUCUGCCGCACAAAAGCUUCCCUGAGAAGUCUCCGGUUAAUGGCACAGGGGACCAGCCUCCAAAGACGGCCCCCACGGCUGGAGCUCCAUCCAGCUUCAACCGCUUUGUCCCCAAACCCUUCACCACCUCUGCCAAGCCGUACACACGCAUGUUCGACAGUCCUAAGUUCAGCCACAACCUUCUGCCCAAUGACAAGCCUGAGAGUGCUCCAAAGGGCCACAGCUCCAGUCCUGUAAAACCUCAGAUUCCCCAGCAACCCCAGAACUCAGAGAACGAGCCUCGGCCCAAAUACCAGCAGAACAAUGUCAACGCUGUGCCAAAAGCCAUCCCCGUCAGCCCCAGUGCUCUGGAAGACGAUGAAGAAGAUGAGGGUCACACGGUGGUUGCAACGGCUCGAGGUAUCUUUAACUCCAACGGAGGGGUCCUGAGCUCCAUCGAGACGGGUGUCAGCAUAAUCAUCCCUCAGGGGGCCAUCCCUGACGGUGUGGAGCAGGAGAUCUACUUCAAGGUGUGUCGAGACAACAGCAUCCUGCCACCGCUGGACAAGGAGAAAGGAGAGACUCUGCUCAGCCCUCUGGUGAUGUGUGGACCUCACGGUCUCAAGUUUUUGAAGCCCGUGGAGCUGCGCUUACCUCACUGUGCGUCUAUGACCCCUGAUGGUUGGUCUUUUGCUCUAAAAUCCUCCGACUCCUCGUCGGGUGACCCAAAAAGCUGGCAGAACAAGUCCCUCCCGGGAGACCCCAACUACCUGGUGGGGGCCAACUGUGUGUCGGUGCUCAUCGACCACUUUUAAGGAUGACCCCGACAGCUGUGAUGUUACUGAAUGUGGAAGGAUGGAAGUGAAGAAGAUGGAACUGGCACGUUAAAAAAAAAAAGAAACCCCUCGUUGUACAUGCACCGCAGCUGCAGCGUAAGCAUCCGGGCGAAACAGAUGAAGAACAGCCCGUGUUUACUGCACCCAUGGAUGAAGACUGUCAUUUAUGACACAAAGUUGUUUCCAGCUCUUCUGCUGUUUGAAGGUUUGACAUGAGAUGAAGGCUUUGACGCAUGCUCCCUGUCAAAGGUUAACACUAUUUUUACAUGAAUAUACACACGGAGGAUAGCUUUUGCGGCAGCAUACAUGCCAGAGAAGUAUAUUUGUGCUAUAUAUGCAAACAGUAUAUAUAGAAUUGUAGUGAAUAUUUACUGUUAACUCCAGUGACUGACUGAAUAUCAAGAGUUGUCACGUUUUUCCACAUUCAGGAGCUUUUUUUUUUUUUUUUUAUUGAAGGUUUGAGGGAGAGGAGGUUGCAUUUGCUGAAGCAGCUGACAAGAGUUGUUGAUGAACCCAAGCAGCACACAUACUUAACCACAAGUUUUUCCUCACCUGAUGAUACCUGGUAGCUUUCUGUCUCUACUGAGCUCCUCUCCCCUCCUUCUGAUCGGACGGAGAUCUAUGCAUGCUCUCUACUCAGGUCCAGAAGCCUCCUCCGGUCCUCCUCUCCCCACCUUUCAUUGUUUUUGUAGCUCUUAUUUGAUUUUUCUCCCCCCCCCCCCACUUCUGCAUUCACACACAAAUAAGCAGCGAUGCCUUAUCUGCAGACCAUUCACUUUUCGUUAAGUUAAAGAAUUUGUUUUUGGUGAACCCACUGUGGAAAUCAACGAGCACACAGGAACGGUCGAUAAAAGAAAAGUGAGCUCUUUUAUCUGCUAUGCAUUUACGAGAGAACCAAGAAGAAGUUUCUGUAAAUACCUUUAGCAUAUUGCCUUGUUUCUUUUGUUUGUAAAUGAACUUUUUGUAUGUCUUUUUCUUUUUUGUAUAAAACCUAGAGGAAAAACAGGAUCUAAACAGGAGAAAGUGGAAACAUGCUUUUCUUUGUAUUCUGAACAUACCCUCAAGCCUUGGAAUUGUAACCUAACAACAACACAUCACACCUUUUUUUUUUUUUUACCACUUUCUGACAUGAUGUUAUGGUUGCUGAAAAGUACUGUUUUUGUGAUUGAUUUGAACAUCAGGAAAAGUGCUCAAACUAAAAUGCAUUACGUGUUCUUUUGAAAGGGUGCGCUCUGAAAGUGUCCUCCUCACGGUUUGGGAUAAUGGAUGCUAUAUGGUGUGCCCUUUAAAUGUAUUUUUGUACUAAUAGACAAUAUAUUACAUAUGGCACACCAGUACUUUUUAGAUAUAACACAGCUUUAAAUGGAAAUUAGCUCUUCACGUGUGGCUGACUUUAUUUUCUCCUCUCCAACACAAUCUUAAGUAUACCACUAUAUUAAUAAAUAAAAUAAUUUUUAAAAUAAA